AGAUACUGAGGUCAAAGUGCACUUUUCAUCUUUGAUAUCUUAAAUGUGGAUAUAUGAUUUUGAAAUUUGAAGUAUCAUUAUGGCAUUUAUAAUAUUAUAAUAUUAUUUAUCAGAAUAUCCACGCGUUAGUCAACAUUAAUGGAUGUUUUACUAAUUAAUCUUUAUUUUGGGUUUUCCAAUAUUGAUAUCCGGUAAAGAGUAUUGUUUUAAUUAACUUAAACAAUGGCAUAUAUUUAAGAUAGCAAAAUAUUUCCGUUUAACGCGCAGUAUAACACACAGCGAUCUCACAUUGCACUUAUGGAUAAUUGGUUUACUUAAGAUCCUUGAUAUAUAUGGUGUGCAUGAUUUUAAAGUCUCUUCUUUAAACCGAAAGUGGUACACUGUAAUAGGAAGAUGUCAACUAAAACAAAUAUCAUAAUUGGAGUAACAGUUUUUGUUGUGCUGAUGUUUGUUGUUAAAGUGAUCCAUGAUACGUCAUCGUCAGAAUCCGGAAUAAGACGUGUCCUGUCCGGAAAUAACCAGCGUGCCAGCAACAGUCUAAGUUCUGUGACUAGGGAUCUACUGGAACAGAGAAAUAACUUGUCCAAGUUGCUAAACCUGAAACAACAGAAAAUUGGACAAAUGGAAUGCGAGAAAGGUGCUAAUCAAGCGACGAGUGAGUCGGGUGGCUGGUGCAAGAAGUCAAGUACAGAAACGGCCGGGCAGCACAUGACUGAUACGAAUCUCGCCACUGCUCUAGCAGAGUUCUUUAAAGGAAAAUAUGUCGGCAGUUUCGGUGAUGGACCAGGACGGUAUAAACAGCUUUUAUCCGAUUCUGGAAAGGUCAAAGGUUAUGAUGCUUUUGACGGAGCUCCAUUUUGUGACAUCACAAGCGAGGGGCGGGUCAAAUUUCUUGACCUGACACUCCCUCAGUAUGGAUUGCCAUUGUAUGACUGGGUCAUAAGUUUGGAAGUAGCUGAGCAUAUUCCACAAAAAUUUGAAAGUGUUUUCAUUGAUAAUAUUGUUCGACAUGCGCGAGAAGGCGUGGUUUUGAGCUGGGCAAAACCUGGACAGGGUGGAUAUUCUCAUGUAAAUAACCGCCCAUUUGAAUAUAUAAAAGAAUUGAUGGAUAAUUUAAGUUUUUCACAUGACAAUGUAGAAUCUGAAAAACUGAAAAAUGCUGCAAGUUUUCCAUGGUUUAAGUGGAACACGAAUGUUUAUCGAAGGAAGAAACUUGUAUCAUCGGAGGACAUGUCCAGACUUACGUAGCAAAUAAUUCGUACAAAAUCUCCACGAUUUAAAGUUUGAAAAAAAAGUUCAAAAAAUACUUUACACAAGCGUCUCGAAUAUAGAACAAAAACGUGCCAUGUGUUUCAACGAUGUGAAUUUAACCUGGGUUGUAAGUCCUUAGUGGGAUACGCGUUUUUAUUAUAUAUAUAAUAAUUAUAAAUUUGCUAAGCACAUUUUCUGCAAUUUGAUAAGGAAAAUUAUGACUUUCAGUGAGGAAGAAGAACCGAUUGUCAUCUAACGCUUUAAGAUAUUAGGUUUUGUUGCAUCUGUCUUAUAAUUCCAGUUUUAAUUUUAUUUGCGUGCACAGCCCCUGUGUGCUAGUAUAUUUUUCGAUGUGGAGUAUUAUUUUCUUUUUCUUUUCGUUUUCUUUGUGUGUGUGUCUGCGUUCCUUGCCGUUUUACAUUUUUCUUUGUUUUCUAAACAUUGAUACCAUAGAGUGAGAUUUAAUUCGAACACGGGGUAAAGAAACAAGAUUUUUAAGAUUUUUUAUACAAUAAUAUCCCUGUUUACCGUAAUUAAAGGACACAUGUUAUCUACCAACAAGAUUUAGAAGGAGCGUAAUUCUUAUCAUUUUUCUGACUACCUAUGCAUCUCAGGUUAUGAAAACAGAAAUGAAACAAUUUAUUUUUAUGCUCCCCGAACGGUUGGGGGAAGCAUAUAGUCGCCAUCUCGUCCAUCCGUGCGUUUGUACGUCCGUCACACUUUUUGUCCGGAGGAUAACUCAAAAAGUAUUGAAGGUAAAAAGUUGUAACUUUAUACAAUGAUACAGAUGAUUAAGAGGUCCUGCAGUGACAAGAAACCACAAUUAUAGGCGGUCCUAUUUUUAUUUAUCUCCAUUUGUUUGAAAAACUUGUCAGGGGCUUAACUCGAAUACGAUGUAUAUUAAUAUGUAAAAUAUUGCUUUAAUACUUUACAUAUUUAUAGAGGUCAGUGAGAGGGAGUGAAGUGACAAGGAACCAUAACUCUGGCCCCAUUUUUGAAUUAUUUCUCUUUUUAUGAAAACCUUGUCUGUGGUAUACUUGUAAGGUAUUGACUUCACACUUUACAUAUUUAUAGAGGUCAAUGAGAGGGAAUGCAGUGACAACAAACUAUAACUCUAAGUAGUCCAUUUUUUAAAAUUAUUUUUCCUUUUUGAUACUUCUUGUCCGGAGGAUAACUCAAAAAAGUAUCGAAGAUACCAAGUUGUAACUUUAUGCAAUGAUAGACCUCAUUGAGAGAAAGUGCAAUGACAAGGAACCAUAACUCUAGAAGGUACCAUUUUUUAAUUAUCUCCUUUUUUGAAGACUUUGUCGGGGCAUGCUUGCAAGGUAUUGAUUUCAUACUUAACAUAUUGAUAGAAAUAAGUUAGAGGAAGUGCAGUGACAAUGAACCAUAGCUCUAUAUGGUCCAGUUUUUUAAUGUUUUCCUUUUUUGAAAACAAUGGGAGGAAGUGCAGUAAUAAAAAGCACAACUCUUCCUGACUUAGCACAACCACCGUGACUGCAAAACCCCUUAUGUUACAAUAAUUUCGGGAAGCAUCCAUCGGCGUCACCGAACAUCUUGUCUAAUCGUGUUUUCUUGUUCGCUGACAAAACGAAUUAAACAUAUUUCUUCACCAGAAUUUAUAUAUUUGCCAUGGAACAGUUUUAAAUAAAUAAAAUCUAAGUGUUUCGUUUUUAGCUCGACUUUUCGAAGAAAAAGUAGAGCUAUUGUACUCGCCCUGGCGUCGGUGUCGGCGUCGGCGUCGGCGUCGCCUUUGGUUAAAGUUUUUUAUAAAGUCAAAUAUCUCUGUUACUAUCAAAGCUAUUGACUUGAAACUUAAAAUUCUUUACUAUCAAAGUCUACACUAGGAGAAACAAUCCUCAUAACUAUAUCUUAAUUUUGACAGAAUUAUGCCCCUUUUUAACUUAGAAUUUUUGGUUAAAGUUUUUGAUAAAGCAAAGUAUCUCUGUUACUAUGAAAGCUUUUGACUUGAAACUCAAAAUAGUUAUUUACUAUCAAAAUCUACACCAGGAGACACAAUUCCCAUAACUCUGAUUUGAAUUUUGACAGAGUUAUGCCCCUUUUUUACUUGGAAUUUUUGGUUAAAGUUUUUGAUAAACUCAGAAUAGUUAUUUACUAUCAAAGUCUACACCAGGAGACUCUGGUUUGAAUUUUGACAGAGUUAUGUCCCUUUUUAACUUGGAUUUUUGUUUACUAGCAAAGCUCUAAUUUAGAGUCAAGCACUGAGAAAAGUCGAGCGCGCUGUCUUACGGACAGCUCUUGUUAUUCCUUCCUUUGGCAGGGGCAAAUGUAGAGAGUUAGUGAAUGUGUCAGUUGCAUUGAUUUUUAUAAAUCGUGUAUAUACCUUUA